AUGGAGGGCUGGCACGAGGUAAGUACCCUGUCCCCCCGGCUAACGGCAGCUUAUUUGCGUCCCGGGCGUCCGCGUGCCCAAGAGCCUGCCGCACGCGCCGCCGGAGCAGGCCAACAGGAUCGUCACGGCGCUGCUGUUCGACGACGCGCACGAGCUGCUCUGGCUCGGCGACUCGCACGGGUACGUGUACUCGUACGAGGGCCUGAAACUGGGGCUGUACUGCUCGUUCCGCGCGCACAGACUGCCUGUGCUGCAGAUUCUCAACCACAAGAAGGGCAUUGUGUCGCUCGCCGCCGACGGCACGGAGCUGCUCGUGGGCACGAGCGGCAACCUGCUGCGCAUCGACCUCACGCAGGGCACGGUGUCCGGGCGGCUCGAGUACGCCCACCCGGUGCAGUACAUGCAGUCGAACCUGCGGUGCGUGGUGCUGGGGCGUGCGGACGGCGCGGUGGACGUGGUGGACCCGAAAACGUGGCAGGUGCUCAAGUCGUGGAGGGCGCACUCGGCAGCGCUCUCGUCGAUCGCCGUGCGCGACAACGUGCUGGUCACGUGCGGCUACUCGCGGCGCAAGGACCAGUACGUGUUGGACCCGCUGGUGAACGUGUUCGACCUGCGCGAGAUGAGCCUCGGGCUGCCUGUCGCGUUCCCCGCGGGCGCGUUCCAGGUGCACCUGCACCCGAAGCUGCCGAACGUGGCGGUGAUCCUGUCGAGCAUGGGCCAGAUCAACUUCAUCGAUGUCUUCGACCCCUCGCGCAUCCACCUGUACCAGGCGGACCUGAGCGCGUUCGUGACGAUGUCGGACAUCUCGUCGACGGGCGAGUGUCUUGCGUUUGUCGACGCGCUGCAGACGGUGCACCUGUGGACGGACCAGCUGCUGCGGCCGCCGUGCUUCGCCGUGCUUUCGCAGGAGCCCCUGCGCGCGUCGCUGGACGUCGAGCCUGUGCCGCGCGAGAACGCGCUCUCGUUCGAGUCCGACGCGCCGUUCAACCUGCUCAAGCUGCCGCGGUACGAGUCGAUGCUGCUGUCGGCGUGGCCGGCCGACAUGAAGUUCGAGGUCGGCAAGCUGCCGCGCCCGAUCGAGCCCGAGAUCCUGCGCGACGGGAGAACCAUCAACGGGUUCACCAUCGCGCGCUACGACCCGCGCAAGUACGGCCCGCGCAACCGUGCCGAGCGCCACGAGCUGCUCACCGCGCGCAGAGACAACGACACGCUGUUCCCCAAGUUCCUCAGCGAGCGGGAGGACGACUACGACGAGAACGAGGAGAAGGUCCGCGCAAAGCGCGAGAUGAUGGCCAACGCGUUCGUGUACACGCCCACGGGCAGCGACGUGCCCAACGCGUUCAAGAAGACAGACAUACUGUACAGCAAGUUCGGCGUCGACGACUUCGACUUCACGUUCUACAACUCGACGCAGUUCUCGGGGCUCGAGUCGCACGUCGACAACUCGUACACGAACGCGGUGCUGCAGCUGUACCGCUUCACUCCGGCGCUCUUCAACUUUGUCGUGCGCACGCUCGCCGAAGACGUCCAGUACGACGACUGCGUCCUUGCCGAGCUCGGGUACCUGAUGGAUAUGCUGGUCAAGGCGGGCGGACGCAACGUGGUGGCGGCCAACUUCCAGAAGCUGUUCAGCUCGCUGCCGCAGGCGCGCCAGCUGGGGCUGCUCAGCGCCGACGGCCGCGCACGUGA